CAUGUGGUAUGUGGUGUGAUCACCAUCUAUGAUUUCACCUAUCAUUUCACUGAUUUGUGUGUAGUUUCACUAGGUGCAGUGGGACUAGAAGGGAAACCGUUAAUAUCAGAACUCACUCAACUCAGAGGAGUGUUAUAGUUUUAGAUCAGUACAAUAGUCAGUGAAAUAUGAUGGUAAUGGAAACUCUGUUUGGACAACUCUCACUUUAUCUUGGUUUACCUAUGGACAAGGUACGUUAUGGAUGUCUGUACUUUACAUCAUUUCCUCUUGCUCUGGUACUUCGCAUUUUUCUCAACUACAAAUAUACUAGCAGUGUUAUCAGGCAUCUUUUCUGUAUUAUGUUUGGUAUUUUGUACUGUUGGCUUUGUUUUCAAUGGCAAGUUUUCUAUUUACUGGCAUUUGUUUCUGUGGGAUAUAUUCUACUUCUUACAGUGCCAAGUCAUAGAGUACACACAUUCACGCUUUGGUAUGUUCUAACUGGAGUUAGUGUUGGACAUGUGUACAGAAUGUUAAUUGAUUAUGGCAACUACACAUUAGAUUUCUCUGUACCUCUUAUGCUACUUGUUCAAAGAAUAUCAUAUGUGGCCUAUGCUUAUCAUGAUGGUGCCUCUAAUAGUAAAUUAAGUAGUGAUCAAGAAAGGCAAAAAAUUAGUGAACUGCCAUCUUUGUUGGAGUAUUUUAGCUACAACUUUAGUUUUUUGACAAUUUUGGCUGGUCCCACUUCAACGUACAAAGAGUAUGAUGAUUUUAUUACUGGGAGAAAUAUGCAAAUCUCAAAUAAAGACAAGGUUAAAGGAGAUCCCAGUCCAUUGAUUCCAGCAGGCAAAAAACUAGCAGGAGCUUUGUUUUGUUUAUCCAUUUUAUUAUUAAAUGAAGACAAGAUGGACAAUGCUAGGGUAUUAGGUCCAAAUCUAAGUUUUCCUAGAAGAUUUAUUAAUGUUACUAUGUACUGCUUUGUACUGAGGUGUCAGUAUUAUUUCAGUCAUUUAUUGGUUGAAAGUAUUAGCAAUACAGGAGGUUUAGGUUUUUCUGGCUAUAGCAAGGAUGGAGUUGCAAAGUGGGACUUAGUGAGAUGUGUUGAUGUCCUUAAGUUUGAAUUUGGAAAAAAUAUUCGAGAGCAAACUUUAGCAUGGAAUAUUUUUACUCAAACUUGGCUCAAAAGAAUUGUUUAUGAACGUUAUCAAUGGAAUCCUGUUCUUCUGACAUGUCUUGUAUCUGCUAUAUGGCAUGGGUUUUAUCCUGGAUACUAUGUGUCAUUUAUCUUUGUUGCUUUGGUGACAGAAACAGCCAGAAAGCUCCGUUUGCUAUUAUGGCAUCGCUUUCAAAGUCCUCGUGUUGUUAAAAUAUUAUACGAUAUUGCAACUAUAGCAAUUACUAAUUUUGGCAAAGAUUUAGUUAUAUUAACUUUCUGGUUGCUCACAUUGGAAAAUGUUGUUACUUUAUGGAGUUAUUACAGAUAUAUUCCUUUCAUAGUAGUUGCACUUAUUGCUCUAGUAUUGCCAAGCAAAAAGAAACAGUCUAACAAAAUUUGAGUACUCAGUAAAUUUUUUAUUGCUAUAAUUUCAGGCUUUUUACAAUAACAUUUUACUUAAUUUUGUUAUCCCACUUUUUCAUUUUCAAUUUUUGCUUUAAGAUUCCUUAACACUAUUAAAUUUUGUGUUACUUUUUUAUUUGUGUGCAUGAUUUUAACAUAACCAAUUAA